AGUCUGACAGUAAAUUUCUGCCACCGAAAGUGGAUGUUCGUGUGAAUUGCGACCGUUUGUUCUCCGUGAAAACAUUGUGUAUUUUGUUCGUUUCGUGACUUAAAAAAUUGAUUAUUUCUAUGAUUAUCUAGUUUUACUUUAGUGAAGUGCUUUUUAGUGUAUUCAAGUGAACAACAUUGUGAGAAACGUGGUCAAAAAUCGGGAAUCGGUGCGGUUAUUUCAAGUUCGCCGGCUGUCUUGUUGUGAUUCCUACGAUGUAGCGUGAGCAUGGAGGCGAGACGGUGAAAUUAUCGAUAAAAUAUCCCCAUCACUAAUAUCGUAGUGUAAGUUUCGAAUGUGAAUAUAAAAUGUGCGUGUGUUGUGUCGUGUGCGCCGCGCGUGACCGUAACCAGUGAUGUCAAGUGUCGAUAGUUGUGUUUAUCGAUAGUCGACGAUGGCGACUAUGGAUUUGACCAACGAAGUGGUCCAGUUGCGGGCGGAGCUGGAGAAGGUGUCAGCGGAGAGGGACAUGCUGCUAUGCGAGGUCUCUAACUUGCGACGGGAGCUUGAGCUCAGCGAGCUGAAGCAACUGCAAGAUGACGGCUUCUCUCAGAAGGUGGACGAGGAGGAGUCCGGUAGCGGCGUAACGCUGCACCCCCCGGACGGUUUCUAUUCGCACCAGCAUUCGAUACACAGCGGGCACCAUGGUCACAACGCGGAGCCCGACCGGGGCUACAUGGAGGGCAAUAGAUACGUCACCGCUGUACACCGACCGCUGCAAGGUUUAAACCACUCAAACUCGUCAUGCUCGUCGGCAUCGAACGCGUCUACCGGCGCCGGGCUGUGCGCGGCCGCCGCCGAGCCCGCACCGCCUCUCUACAUCGCCGCGCCGCCAGAGGGCUUCGGCCUCGCCGUGCACAACAACAGGCGUGGCACAGACGUUGGGAUCAUUGGAACAACGGGGAUAACCCAAAAAGACCCGAGUUUGCCCUCUAAGAGGGGUAAAUUGACUAGAGGUCGUUAUGAGAUGUCUCAAGACCUCCUGGAUAAACAAGUAGAGAUCCUGGAGAGGAGAUACGGAGGUCUACGUGCACGGCGCGCAGCAGUCACAAUACAGCGCGCGUUCAGACGAAGACAACUCCUAAAGAAAUUCAGUGCUAUCACAGCGAUGGCCAAAGCUGCCGACUCUAAUGCAAGACGGCUACAGGACGGUAGCGAUCACGGACAACUUGUUAAUGGUAACGAUAUAUAUGCGAACACGUUGUUACAAAAGAGUCCCGCGGGAACAGAGAAGAUGAUGGCCAUGACGAGGCCGAUGCGCUCGAUGUCACUGCGCGAACGACACGACGUCGAUAUCAGUAACCACAUGGCAUGUGAGGCGCAGAACGAAGCGAUGGUGGAGGCGAUGGUGGCGCGCGUGCAGCACUCCGCGCAUCAAAUACACAUGAUAGCCAGCGAGUUGCCGCCGCAUCAUCGCAACGACACCGACAGCGGGGUGUGCAGCUGUUCAGUGAGCGGAUCCGUCACCAACAUAUCCACCUCCUCCUCGCACAAUGAAUCUCUGCACAAUCAUCAGCUGCUCAAUAACUCAGGUCCUAUAUACGGCAACCUGCUGUCGUCAGGCGGCAAGCCGCUGUCGUCUCCCAGCGCGCGCCAGCAGCAGCAGCUGGCGGCGCUGCAAGCUGCCGCGCGCAGGCUGCCCCCGGAGGUGCCCAAGAGGACCAGCAGUAUUACACUCAAUGCGGAGAGCCCUGUGUCGCUGCGGCGUGCGGAGUGCGGCGGGGGCGUGCGCGGCGGCUCCAUGUCCUCCGUGCAGUCCUCCUCAUCCUCAUCCUCGCAGGAGCACCGCCAUCACUACCACCAGCCGUACCAGCCUAGAGCACCGGAGACGCAGACGCACUUGCCGGAGCCGCAGCUGCAGCAGCUGCAGCAGUUCCAGCAGCACCAGCGCACGGCGUCGGGCUCGCUGUACGAGGGCGAGCGGUACGCGGUGUGGAAGCGGCAGGAAGCGCCGCCAUACUACGAGGCGCCGCCCGCCGCCUGCUGCCGCCCCGCACACGACCACCUCGCGCUCCAGCACCAGCACCAGCACCAGCAUCAGCUUCAACCUGUCAAGGUCACUGCGGUAUCGGAGACGGUGCGCAAACGUCAGUACCGCGUGGGUCUGAACCUGUUCAACAAGAAGCCGGAGCGCGGCAUCGCGUACCUCAUCUCCCGCGGCUUCCUGGAGAACUCCCCGCGCGGGGUGGCGCGCUUCCUCAUCACCAGGAAGGGCCUCAGCAAGCAGAUGAUCGGCGAGUACCUCGGCAACCUGCAGAACCCCUUCAACAUGGCCGUGCUCGAAUGUUUCGUGAACGAGCUGGAUCUAUCAGGCAUGGCUGUGGACGUGGCGCUGCGCCGCUACCAGGCUCACUUCCGACUGCCGGGAGAGGCGCAGAAGAUUGAACGUCUGGUUGAAGCCUUCGCCCGCAGAUACUGCGUCUGCAACACUGACUUUGUGCAGCGACUGCGCACGCAGGACACUAUAUUCGUGCUGGCGUUCGCAAUAAUAAUGUUGAACACGGACCUGCACACACCGAACCUGAAGCCGGAGGCGCGGAUGUCGCUCGACGACUUUGUGCGCAAUCUGCGCGGUAUCGACGACUGCGGAGACAUAGAUCGCGACAUGCUCGCCGGUAUCUACGACCGUGUCAAGGCCAGCGAGUUCCGACCUGGCAGCGACCAUGUCACACAGGUGAUGAAGGUCCAGGCGACGAUAGUGGGCAAGAAGCCGCACCUGGCGCUGCCUCACCGCCGCCUCGUCUGCUACUGCCGUCUCUACGAGAUACCUGACAUACACAAGAAGGAACGACCCGGAGUGCACCAGCGUGAGGUGUUCCUGUUCAACGAUUUGCUGGUCAUCACAAAGAUCUUCAGCAAGAAGAAGUCCUCGGUGACGUACAGCUUCCGCCAGUCUUUCCCACUCUGCGGCAUGCUCUUCGCUGAGGACCUGCGCGAGAGUGUCGCCGAGAUGGACGAGAUGGAGGCCAUGCGCAUCGAGGGAGAGCUCAACCGUGGCAAGGGACGGCCCAAUGCCAACGCCAGGAACGUGAUGGAGAAUCGUGACAGCGGCGUGGCAGACGUGGAGAUCGACCAUCAGCAAUGUAUGGACCACGUGCAUGUACACGGUGUGGUGGUGCCGCCGCCCCCCGCAGGCCCCGCCCCCGCCGCGCCCUCGCGUCUCUCACAGAACCCGCCGCCCACCAACAUCAUCAAGAGGAACGUGCUCAGCAACUCACUAGUCGAUAUCAAUGAUCCAGUGGCGCUGGCUGCGGAGCGACUGCAGCGGCGCGGAUCAGUGGGCUCACUGGACAGCGGCAUGUCUGUCUCAUUCCAGCAGGGCAGCCGCACUGCGCUGCACGCCACCUCGCCACGACAUCCCAACGAACAGCGCUCGCCAGGUCGUCUCUUCGGCGGUAUAUUCCCCGGGAGACAACGCAAGCUGAGCGCGAGUGGAGUCCCCGACACCAAGGGACAAGUCGGCAAGAGCACCGAGGUCUAGAUCACACGGAAUAUUCCAGAAUCUCCAAGUCGAUGUAUUCCAGAAAACCGAAAUCGGAAUAUUCUAGAAUUAAAAAUAUUCCGCAAACUACUUUUGAUGUCUUCAGCGAGAUGCAUCGUUUUUUCUUAAGUGCCAUCUUUAAUAAUCCAAGUUUUAAGAGUAUUUUGUUGCUGACGCUACUACAUGUAUAUGUUUAAAACAUUUUAAACCUUGUUUCCUCGAGAUAAGGUACAUUUUGUACUAACACGUAACUCCGAAGUGGUAAUCACAUGUUAUUUAUAAUUGCAAAGUUAUUUACAAUUAAGAAAUAAGCUAAUAAUUUCUUGAGAAUUUUACGAAAAAAAUAAGCUUAA